CUGUUCCAAACGAACAAAACGAUUCUCUUAUGGGCCCUUGGCCAUCGUGGCGCUGGAUACAGGAACACAAAAUUGUUCUAGAAUCUCAAAUUGUUCUAGAAUAAUAAAUUGUUCCAGCCGAAAGAGACGGCAGUACUUGCUCAUCCUACGAGAAUGAUGAUGGUAUCAUGGUUGUCUCACAAUUUCAAUCUUCGCGCUUCUUACAACUACAAGCGCAACCGACAUUCCAUUGCACAAAUACGUCAUGGCAUUGGACGAGCGCAGCGACCCUGGUCUACAUGAUGACGGGAACUUGGAAGAAAACGUCGGAGAAUUUAAUGAAGCCGAGCCUACCUCCUACUCUACCAAGCCAAGGCCCACCGCGAGCAACCCGAUCGAAGAAGCCACGGGGUUUUCUGCCAAAUGGACACGUACCAUUAACACAAUUCAUAUCCCUGUCAUUCGCGCCUUAUUGUGGACGAGCAACAAGUCGGCAACCAACCCGCGUCGGACGGUGUCUCUCGUGACUUUCGUGUCGGUUGCCCUCAUUGUGAUUGGUAUAUUCACAAAUUUCUCUGUGGAUGUCGACGAAGAUGUCUUGUGGACUCCCAAAGGAGCACGUCCAGUGCAACACUCGGAUUGGAUUGACGACCGCUCCGGCUUUCCUACAACGCCCCGUACCUUCAUCAUGUUCUUUCACGCCGAUACGGCGGACGUUUUGGGACAAGCUCAAGUCUCGCGCGUCUUCCAGGCCUUGGAUGCGGUCCGGACUCUACCCGAAUACGACAGCAUCUGUGCGAAAAGUAGCAGUACUUCGCAGCUUAACGAAAUAGGUGAAGUGACUUGCCCGAUUUCCGGUAUUACCGCCUUUUGGAACGACACAGCUUCUAUUUUUGAAUCACAAGUAUCCAGCGAUGCCGAUGUCAUCGAGCAGCUGUCGGCUACUGUUUACCCAGAUGGAACGCCCGUCUCCGCGGACGAUAUUUUUGGCAAACGCAAUCGGGAUGCGAACACGGGCUUGCUUACUAAGGCGCAAGCCUAUACCGUUCUGAUUGAUUUUCCGGACAUAGAUGAAGCCGAAGAUUUUGAAGAACCCGCCUUAGAUGCUGUCUUGGCCUUGCAAGAGCAAUGGGAGGCGCAGUCGGAUACUAACUUUCGUUUGGAAGUUCAGGCAGUUCGCUCAUUUUCAGACGAGUUUACCCGUGCGAUCGUUGCGGACAUUCCCUUGGUUCCAAUUGUCUUCGUGAUUAUGUCAAUCUUUACCUGUGCCGUAUUUUUCAAGCGAGACAAGGUCCGAUCCCGAAGUCUGUUGGGGUUCAGCGCAGUUAUUUCUGUUUUGCUCAGCAUCAUGAGUGGCUACGGUCUCAUGUUCGUCUCCGGAGUUCCUUUCACUAGCAUGACCCAAAUUCUCCCUUUCAUUAUAUUUGGAAUUGGUUUGGAUGAUGCCUUCAUCAUCUCAGGAUCCUACGAGCGUACCGAUCCUGCCAAAAGCGCCGUGGAGCGCAUCCAUGACACUGUUGAAGACGUCGGCGCUAGCAUUACUCUGACAACAGUCUCUUCAACUUUGGCGUUCGGGUUGGGCGCCACGUCCGAUGUCCCUGCCGUCUUCUGGCUCUGUUACUACGCCUUUCCCACCAUCAUUCUGGUGUUCCUUUACCAGAUAACAUUUUUCGUAGCUUGUAUUGUUCUCGAUGAGAAGCGUGUUCAGGACAACCGCCGGGAUUGCUGUGUCUGCUUGGUGGUGGACGCUAGCGAUGAGAGCGAACCACAAGCUCUGUCUAAUGGUCGCGGACCUACCCCUUCUGUCAUUGAUUAUUACAUGGGCCUGUACGCGAAACAAAUUCUUCGCCCUGUGGUUCAGAUUCCGGUCGUGAUUUGCUUUUGUGCUUUGCUUGGUGUAUGCGCUUAUAGCGCUACUCUGUUGACGCAGGAAUUCAAAUUUACAGAUGUUCUUCCAGACGGUUCCUACGUUGCAGACUUUCAAACAGCAUUCGAUGAAAAUACUGUGCGCUCGGCUGUUGCGCCUUAUGCGUACUUUCGGUUCGUUGAUCAAAGUGAUGGAGACAUUCAGAGGCAGAUGGAAGCCUACGUCGACGAACUUGUUACCAUAGAAGCGAUCGAAGAGGACCCCGAGUUCUUUUGGCUGCGGGACUUUAAAGAAUUUGUGAACGUUAGCGGAUCCCAAAAUUUAGAGUUCAACAGCCAGAUUGCGGCAUUUUUGUCCAACCCGGUUUAUGGCGAUCUAUACAAUGACCACGUCGUGCGGGACGAUGCUGGUACGAUUGUUACAUCGCGAGUUCGGUUGCUCAUGGAUAAUGUCGAUGUUGAAAACGUGAAUGAGCAGGUUGAUGCCCUUGAAGAUCAAAGCAGUGUAUCUGGUGGGCAAAAUAUUAAUCAAGGACGAGGCGAAUGGGCUUUUUUUACGUAUGACGGUAUCUACAACAUUUGGGAGUUUUAUGCCGCAUCGGUCAAUGAAGUCAUCUUUACUACUGUCCUCGGGGUGGCAUCUGUUACAGGGAUUACAUUGAUCUUUGUUCCACACUGGUCUGCCGCUUUCUUUGUGCUCCCCUUGAUCUGCAUUCUCUAUGUUGAUCUCUUGGGUGCAAUGCAAUGGGCAGGAGUUCACAUUAACGCCGUCAGUUACAUCAAUCUUGUGAUGUCGAUCGGUUUGAUGGUAGAUUUCCUCCUCCAUGUGCUUUUGCGCUACUAUGAGUCUCCGGGCAACCGCAAGGAAAAAACUUUACACACUCUGGAAACCAUGGGUGCGUCAGUCUUGGUCGGUGGUAUCUCGACAUUUCUCGGGACGCUUCCCUUGGCAUUUAGUUCGAGCACUAUCUUUUACACCGUGUUUGUCGCGUUUAUUGGCCUCGUCACACUGGGAUGUGGUCAUGGACUUAUUCUACUUCCGAUUAUUCUUUCUAACUUCGGGCCCGAAGACCAAAUUGAGCCUUCAAAAGUGAGCAAGACUCUGGAGCAUUGUGAGACCGAAAUCAGUCAAAGUCAGAGGAUUCCGGAAAGCUAGAAUUUAGAAGCAAUGAGUGUGAUGUACACAUACAUAUAGGAAUUCAGUUUUACAUGACUGAGAGUGCUCGAGACUCCUCUGUAGAGCAAAAUAAAAAUAAUUUACUGUAAAAUAG